GCUCCUUAGAGUGUCCCCGGGCCGCUGCCCUGGCAGCCUGCGUACAGCGUGCCGAGCCUCCGCGCCCGCCGCCAGUCCCCCCGCCAGCAGGUCACUCGAGAAAGAUGAAGAUAUUUAGCCUCUUUGCAUUCAUGGCCUACUGCCAUUUGCUGAAAGCAUUUAUGAUCACAGUUUCCAAGGACCUGUAUGUGGUGGAGUACGGCGGCAAUGUGACCAUGGAGUGCAAAUUCCCGAUAGAAAAACAGUUAAACCUGCUUGCACUAAUUGUUUACUGGGAAAUGGAGGAUAAGAAAAUCAUUCAGUUUGUGAACGGGAAGGAAGACCUGCAAGUUCAGCACAGCAGCUACAGCCAGAGGGCCCAGCUGCUGAAGGACCAGCUCUUCUUGGGGAAGGCUGCGCUUCAGAUCACAGACGUGAAGUUGCAGGAUGCUGGGGUUUACUGCUGCUUGAUCGGCUAUGGCGGUGCUGACUACAAGCGGAUUACUUUGAAAGUUCAUGCCCCAUACCGCAAAAUCAACCAAAGAAUUUCUGUGGAUCCUGUCACCUCUGAACACGAACUAAUGUGUCAGGCUGAGGGUUACCCUGAGGCUGAAGUCAUCUGGACAAGCAGUGACCAUCGAGUACUGAGUGGCAAAACCACCAUCACUAAUUCCAACAGGGAGGAGAAGCUUUUCAAUGUGACCAGCACACUCAGAGUCAACACAACAGCUUACGAGAUUUUCUACUGCACUUUUCGAAGAUCAGGUCCUGAGGGAAACAGAAACAAUACCGCUAAGUUGGUCAUUCCAGAACCCCUUCCAGUUCCACCAAAUGAGAGGACUCACUUCGUGGUUCUGGGAGCUGUCCUGGUGUUUCUUGCUGUAACCCUAGCAGUCAUCUGUCUAAAGAGAAAUGGGAAAAAUAUGGAUGUGGAAAAAUGUGGCAUCCGAGAUAGGAUCUCAAAGAAACAAAAUGAUAUACAAUUUGAAGAGACAUAAACCAGCAUUGAAACUGCUGAUCUUAAAGCAGGGAUUCUCAGCCUGUGGUCUGAGUUUGGCAGAGCUACACAUGACCAGAGCAGUGCAGUGGGCCAGGCAAGCUGCAGAUGCUGUAGGACUGACCAGAUCCAAUCACUCGGCAGUGGAAGCUGGGAGAGAAGAGAACAAAGCAAGAAGGAGCAGAGCGGGUAGCCUGCAAGGAGACCUUGGUACUUCAGAAUGACUGGGAGACCCAUGGGCGCCUACGGGACAGAGGAGGGCUGCUUCUGAAAGAUGAGCCCCCACACAAAUUGUCCAUCGCUCAUCCUAGGAAAACAAGUUGAGAUUCCCUGAUGUAAUGGUCAGUUCCUGCAGAAGUGCCCUUUGCCUUCACUCAACGUCGCUGUUUGUCGUCUGUAUGACUGAGAGUCCCAGUGUUGCAACAGUAUUUAAGUAUGUUAUUUCUAUUUAUUUUGAGUCUUUGGAGUCUUGUCACGUGAGUGUGGUUGUGCAUGAUUUCUUUGGAAGAUAUAUUGUAGAAGAAGUUAAAAUUUUGUCACAAAACUAAACUUACUGCUUAGUGAAUUGUGCAUGUUCAAUAAAAUGUGUAGUACUUAUAAGGUACUUAUAAGGUCCUUGGUACCCUCCACAGCCACCAGGACAUAGGAAGCAUAGAGAACAGGCCCGUGGUUUGUAUAGGAUAUUACCUUGUUUAACCCACCAGUACUUUCUUUGCCUUGAAUAAUCUUAUUCUCAGACCCUACGGUAAGAUAUGUUACUGCAGUAUCUGUUCCAUUUUAAGUAUCCGUGUUAACAACGAUGUGGUAUCCUACACACAGAAUCUCAUUUAAUGCCUAGGAUAGCUGUGUUGUGGUAAGCACUCUUUUCAAACCCAUUUCACAGCUGAGGGAGCAGAGAGCUAAAGUAACUUGCCUGAGUCAGUAAGUAGCAGACCUCAGAUUUCCACAGCUGUCACCCACAGUCCUUUUAGAAUAAAGUCUAGAGCUGUGUUUUGCUUUAAGAAAUUCAUUCAGAAAACAUGUAGGAAGCACCCAUGUCAGUGUGCCAGGCAGUGAUUGAGCAAGACAAAGAACCUCUCUUCCAGGAGCUCAUAGUAUCAUGGGGAGAUUGAUAAGGAAAUUCAUUAUUACAGUUCAGUGCAGUGUCAUAGCAUAAGGUGUUGGAGGAGAAUGACGACGUGAACAGGAGAGUCUAGAAAGGCUGCCAAAGGGAGGGCAUGCCCUGGACAGCCCGGCAGUGUGUUCCCUGGAAGGUGAAAAUACAUUUUAAUCAAAGUGAUUUUAGUUUAUGAGGGUAAGUCAGUAUUUUUAAAAAUUGUGGAAGAUAACUCUUGAGUUCCUUUUCUAUCAUUAUAUUUGUGUCUGAUUUAUUUGCCUUUGCCAUGCAAUCUGAUGCUUAUGUGUAUGGUGUUGGUAUUGUUCAGCAGUUCUCUCUUUUUUUAUUUAAGUGCUGCUAAAGUUUGAAUUCAAAGCUUUCCAUGAUUCAAAAUUCAGAAGGUCCAAGAGGAGACAUUAAAAAGUCCCCAUUCCAUCCUCCUAGCCAUCGGAUUUCCUUCCCAGAAGCAGCCACUCUUGUCUUUUGUUCUUGUAGUCUUCUAAAGAUAGUCUAUGAAUAUAUGUAGAUAUAUAAAGUAUAUUUUUUAUUCACAUAAGUGGUAAUACACUAUUCGCCUGCUGUGCACUUUGCUAUUUUUAUUUAAUGUAUUAUUUCUUACCGGACCAUUGGAACAAAUGUAAAGUUCCCAGGGGCCAGGCACUGUGCCUUAUUUCUAGAUCAGCAUUUCCAUAGCCUGUUAGUAUCUUUUAUAAGACUUAGUACAUGCUAAAUAUGUACUUCAUCGAUGCUUGGACAACGAGCAUUUGUUGACUUACUGCUCUAUGACUGAGUUUGGAUUUGGUUUAUUUUGCAUUUCCCAAAGUGAGACCGUUGGGUUCUCCAGGGUACACUGGCUCAGCCUAGUCCUAAAGGUUGACUUUAUUACUAAUUCUGCAUGACAGAAUCAUGUCUGGAACUUGUGUUUUUUCCUACCUGUUUUCUCUUGAGUAAAAGAACUAGGCUUUGAUAUUGCAGUUGCAAAAAGACAGGGAUGGGUUUUUUGUUUUUGUUUUUUUGGAAAUUCCAGUAAUGUACCUUGACUCUCGCCUCUGCUAGAAAAGGCCAUGAGCUGUGCCUGAACCCCUUAGUCAGACCAGUUCUCAUCACUACAUAGAUCUAAGGUGUUGCAUUUCAAAGGCUUUGAGGUUCCCAUGCCUCCCAGCGUAUUCCUGCUCUCUUGGCCGUUUACCUGGAUUAUCGACAAAGAAAACCUUUGUUUUGCCGCAUGUCAAGGCUGAAGAAACAGAAUCUCCAACAGAAGUCUUUCUGUUGUCUUUUCACACAUGUUCGUCUGUACGGCAUCCCUUGUUUGUGUGACGUAUAAGGAGCAUUCUGGCUGAGCGGGAAUACAGUCUAUUCACUCCAUUCCUAAAUGUCAAUGCCCUCUUACGGUGUUGGAUUUGUAAGGCACUUUAUCUCCUUGUCUUGUGUUUCACUCUAAAGGACAUGCAGAGAGGAUAUUUUGUUCUGCAUUUUAAUUGUCAUUGUUUACACCUGCAUUAAUUUAAUAAAAUAUUCUUAUUUAUUUUGUUCCUUGGUGCA